AUAUAUAGUUGUAGAUUUCUGAGAGGUUGAAGAAGACUUUUGUUGAGAGUUGGAUGAAGGAUUUGAAAGAUGAAUCUUCCAAGCUCUCGAUUGAAUUCUUGUGUAGAAUGAAGUAUUUAGCUCUCAAGAAUUUGUGCACUUGUUUUAAAGGUUCGUAGUCGUCCAGUUAUUCUGAGUGUAUCAUUUAUAUUUAUACUGGACGACUUGAUAGGGCAAUUCCAAUAUUCCCUUCAACUUAACUUAUAUAGGCGUAUCCGGCGGAAUAUAGCUCAAAGCAAUCCCUUUCAUAAAUUGAGAAUAAACAUCUGCACAUCAAAUUCCACCAUUGCCGUCCCUGUGUACAAGACAAGGCAUGAAGACCACCACGGCGGCGAUUGAUUACGUCAUGGAGGCCGCAUCGGGCCCACAUUUCUCCGGCCUUCGCCUGGACGGACUCCGGUCUCCAGCCGCUUCUUCUCCUCGCUCUUCCACCCCGACUCCUACUGCGUUCGCUUCUUCUUCCGCUCCUUUUACCGAUUCCUCAGUCCACAAGCAACCUUUUGUCAUCGGGGUUUCGGGUGGCACUGCUUCUGGGAAAACUACUGUUUGCGACAUGAUUAUUCAACAAUUGCAUGACCAUCGUGUUGUUCUUGUCAAUCAGGAUUCUUUCUACCGUGGGUUAACCCCUGAGGAGUUAAAACAUGUCCACGAGUAUAACUUUGACCAUCCAGAUGCUUUUGACACUGAACAGCUUUUAGAGUGCGUAGGAAAGCUAAAAGCUGGUCAGUCUGUCCAUGUUCCCAUUUAUGACUUCAAGGCACACCAAAGGUGUUCUGAUAGCUUCCGUCAGGUAAAUGCAUCUGAUGUAAUCAUACUCGAGGGAAUACUAGUAUUUCAUGACUCACGAGUCCGCGAUUUAAUGAAUAUGAAGAUUUUUGUUGAUACAGAUGCUGAUGUAAGACUUGCGCGACGAAUAAGGCGUGAUGUUGCUGACCGCGGUAGAGAUAUAAUCUCAGUUCUUGAGCAGUAUGCAAAAUUUGUCAAGCCUGCUUUUGAUGAUUUUGUUCUCCCUUCAAAGAAAUAUGCCGAUGUGAUCAUACCCAGGGGUGGUGAUAACCAUGUUGCUGUUGAUUUAAUUGUCCAGCAUAUUAUGACAAAGCUUGGCCAGCAUGAUCUCUGCAAAAUAUAUCCUAAUGUAUAUGUUAUUCAGUCAACAUUCCAGAUAAGAGGAAUGCACACUUUGAUCCGGGAUAGGGACAUUUCCAAACAUGAUUUUGUUUUUUAUUCUGAUCGGCUAAUCCGUUUGGUUGUGGAGCAUGGUCUUGGUCACUUACCUUUCACUGAGAAGCAAGUAGUCACUCCAACAGGGUCAGUGUAUACUGGCGUCGACUUUUGCAAGAAACUAUGUGGUGUCUCAAUAGUUCGCAGUGGUGAAAGUAUGGAGAAUGCAUUGCGUGCUUGUUGCAAGGGGAUAAAGAUCGGGAAAAUUCUGAUUCAUCGCGAUGGUGAUAAUGGUAAACAGCUUAUAUAUGAAAAACUCCCAAAAGAUAUAUCAGAGCGCCAUGUUCUGCUUCUGGAUCCAGUCCUAGCUACAGGUAACUCUGCUAACCAGGCAAUUGAGCUGCUCAUACAAAAAGGAGUCCCAGAAUCCCACAUUGUCUUCUUAAACCUUAUUUCUGCACCAGAAGGGAUACAUUGUGUAUGCAAGCAUUUCCCCUCUCUGAAAAUCGUAACGUCGGAGAUUGACAUUGCGUUGAAUGAAGAAUUCCGAGUCAUUCCCGGGCUGGGUGAGUUUGGUGAUCGUUACUUUGGUACUGAUGAGUAGUGAGAGAUUCUUUGGGCCUGCACACUUUAAUUGAUGGUCUCCUUGCAGUUGAUUUGUACUCAUUAUCUCAAUCCCUCUAUUAUCCAUCCUCUAGGUUUCUGGUUAUUUGUGAAUAGUUAUGCCAUACUAUAAUAAAAAUGCUGUUUGUACACGGCAUUUAACACACGGAUCAAAUUGUCAUCUAUAUACGGACAAUUUGACCGGCGUGUAAAAUGCCGUGUACAAGCGUGUACACGAAGCAUCAUUGUAAUAUAAUUGAGCUGAACAAGUUUGUGUAUCGUUCUCCAAGAGCACCCCUAAUAUGUGGCGACACGCUAAACAUGACACAAUAAAACUACUUUUGGAUUAAGAGUAUAGGACUGGUCACGUGGGAGAAAUUUAGAAACAUUUGAAGUCUAGGAAUCUUUCUGUAUAGUGGCUCUGGUGUUAUAUGCUGGUAUCUUUUGAUAGCAACAACACAUGUGAUAUUGUUUGUGUGAAGAGGAAAAACUUAGGUCCACUUGUUC